AUGCAUGGCUUAAUCUUUGAGACAAGCAUAUGCUACUGGCAGGAUCAACCAGGUAGAGGAAAGAACGAGCGCGGCGGCGAGCGACAGACGCCGAGGGAGGGCGCGACGCGGCGGGACGACGACGACGACGACGACGGCAGAGCGGGCGAGAGAGGGGAAGAGAGAGGCGCGGCGCGCCAACCUCGACCACCCCCCCCGCCGCGCGACCGCCGCCGCCGGCCGCCGACGCCCCCAACGACGGCCUCCCACCGACCGUCGCCCGCGGGCCUGGCCGGAACGCCGGCGCGACGCGAGGAGAGGAGGGGGGGGGCGGUCGACCGCACGCGGCGGACUCGAGUACGCCACCCCCACCCACGCCGGUGGCUGCAGCGAGGACACCCGCGGGGGAGCGGGAACGGCGGCGGGCCCGCCGACCCAACUCGCUCACCCGGCUCCACACGGCGAAGCCGAGACACCCGGCCGCCCCAACACCACGCCGUCCAGGGCCCCGGAGAGGCGCGGACGCGAGCACGCGAGAGGCCUCGAGACGGCGGCGGGCGCUCGCGCGCACCCCCGGCGGCGGCGAAGGCCCAGCGGCGACACCCCCGCGGCCCGCUGGCGGUGACGCGCGGGCGAGGCAGAGAGCCCGAGCGCGGGGCCGGCCGGGACCGAGACCCGCCCGCCGCGACGCGGCCACCGCCGACCUCGGCGCGGCGCGCGCGCCCGCCCUCGCGGUCGAGGCGUGGGGUCGGGGUCGAGGGCCGAGGCCCUCUCCCGGCCCCACCAACCCCGGCCGGGGGAGGCGGCACGCCGCGACGCAGAAGACGGCGGCGACCCACGCCGCGACGGGACCGGGUCGGGCCACGUCCGACCUCGCGACGGGCUCCGGCACUCGCCACACGCGGGAACACACGACCGAGCGAGCGGGGGGGAGCGUGGCCGGCACCAUCACCGUCGGACGGCCACGGGGGAACGGCACGGCGCCCCAACACGGGGACCGGAGCCGCGACGGGCCUACCCCCGCACCGCCACGCGGCGGACAGCGGUACACACCGGAGAAGCCGAACCCGACCCGUGUACGAGGAGCGGGGUCACAUGGGACGGCGGCGCGAAGACGGCGAAGGGACCGUCAAGCGAGAAGGAGCUCCCCUGCGGGCCAAAACACGGCGCGGUCGGGGGGAAUCGCCGGUCACGCGCGAGGGCGCCCGGGAGACGUACCGAGGGCGCACCGACCGGGCACGUCCGGGCACGCGACACGGGAGGCGUUCUCACCGCCGGCGCCCCCAACCUGGGCGCGGUGGCAGCCACCCCCCCGCUGACACGCCCGAGACGAGACACACGGCCGGCGACGCCCCGGUCAGAGCCCCGGGGCGCGCACCUCCGCGGAGCCGAGACCCCACACCCCACCGCAGCCUCAGGAGCCGCCAGCGCGCGCCCCCCACCAAACGGGGCUCAACCCGCAGCACCAGCCGACCGUCCAACGCCACCUGCCCCGCCGAGCACACCUCGGACCCCGGGUCCCGCGCCCCAGACGAGCCGGAGCGGGGGUGGGGGAAGCAGGGCGGCGCGACGGGCUCAGGCACCCGGAGGAGGAUCAACGACGGCGAGGAGCGGGGAGACGCACGCAGGGGCGGGGUACCAUCCCCCCAUCGGUCAGGGGGGGCAAGGCAGCAGGAGCAGCUCCGGGAAGAGAAGAACCCCCACACCAAGAGGGGAGGCGGGGGCAGACGCCUCGGGCGCGCGGUCGGGCCACCAGGAAAACCACGCGGGAACCCAACCGCCCACAAGGGCGGCUCCCGCGACGCCUGUGACGCCGGGCCCACGAGCCCCCGGGGCCUGAACCCCCAACCCAGGAGCCUUCCCCAUCCGAAGCCCUCCUGA